UGUCCCUGGAUAAUUAAUUUAUCAGCAUGAUAGUUUUAUUGUUUUUUAAUAUAUUGUUUCAUUCUUAAAUGAGACAGAGUAAAGCCACCUGGAGUACUGGUUUGUUGGCUGACAGCACUGGUUUCAGCAGUACAGCGCUGCGCAGACAAGGGGAUGCAGAGGCAGGCCAAAUGAGCAAGCCACAGGUCAAAAGGUGAAGAUUAUACAAGCUGAUUUCACUAAAGAUUCAGUAUAUGAGAGUAUUGAAGAAAGUCUUGAAGGCUUGGAAAUUGGUGUUUUGGAGCCUCAUCAACUGCAACAUUAUUUCUGUUACAAAGAUGACACAAAUAAUUUUGAAACAAAUGGAGACACGACAGAAAGGUCUUAUUCUGAAUCUGUCUUCUGGCCUCGGUACUUUUCCUUGUCCACUAUACACAAUGUACUCGGCUUCUAAGGCUUUUAUAUGCAUUUUUUCCAAAGCACUACAAGCAGAAUAUAAGGAAAAGGGAAUUAUCAUACAGGCAGUGGCUCCUUAUGGUGUUUCUACUCCAAUGACGAUGUACCAAAAACCCAAUCUCAUCAUGAAGACGGCAGAAGAGUUUGUUAGUGAAUCACUGAAUUAUGUCAUGUUUGGAGAUGAGAUUUUUGGAUGCUUAGCCCAUGAAAUACUGGCGUGCAUCCUGCAGCUCAUCCCUUUAUGGGUAUUCCACAGUGACAGACUUCAAGAAACAGUCCUGCAUGCAUUUACCAACUCUCUGAAGAAGAGGUGGAGGAACCCCUAAGAGAGUCGUUUUUUUGGAAGAUGUGCAAUUGACAAGCUCAGUGGGAUGCAUUUUGCAAUGCCUGUGUGCAUGCGUGUCUGUGUAUGUGCAUGUGUGUGCAAGGAGUCAGAUCAGUUUGAGGUAACUCUGUCCUGAUCACUUACCAAGGAUACUUUGAUCCAGUGAAUCUAAUGUGCACAUUCAUUUGCAUCCCUCUCCAAAGACCAUAAAGUCUUUGGAGACUUCAGUGAGCUCUGGAUAGGUUCUGAGAAAUGCUGCUGCUGUUACUACUCUAACAUAAGCUUGGAGGCCGCAGAUACCUGCAUUUACUUGAUGUUCACAAAUAAAACAACCACUUGCUUUA